AUGACUCUUUCCUGUCGGGCUAGCCGAUGGGCGAUGGUACUGGCCCUCUGCGUGUUGCCAGGUACAGCCGCUGCUGCUGUUGGAAAUCUUAGACGCGGACUCCAUGAUGAUGAACCGAGUAUUACGGAAGAGCAGGAAAAGCCCAGUCCAGUGAUUGUGUCGGUCUGGACCAAGCCCGUGAUGGAUUGGGAUCCGGAAACGGGGUUGGAAGAAGGACCCAAUAUUGACCUUCUACAGACCCUGAAAGAGGUGAAAAUGGGCAUGGGCGAUGCCAUGGAUUUCGACAUGAACGCGUACAUUGGCAGUGGCGAUGGCGUUUGCAAAGAUUUGACGGACAAGGAAGGCAAUCCGUUGGAAUCCGAUGCCCAGAAGGAAGUCUGUGACGAUUGUUGUGCCAAUAACCAUCGAUACUGCGAACUUCCACCCAAGGAUAAACGGCACUGGAACCUUGUCAAGGGGAGGCAGUUGCUGGAAGAAUCCCUCCGUCGUCAGUGUAUCUGGAGAAUGGUCCACGAACCGGACGAGUGGAAAUCCACUGGCAAAUAUUUUGAUUAUGUCAAGACACUCCGAGAAAUUCAAUGCGAUCAGAAGGGAUACCGCAAACUCUGUAUUCAAAAUGUGCUGCAAACCCUCCGAAUUGGAGGUAAUCCACUCAAGCAAUGUCUUAAAGAUAAUGGAGGUGUCACCGAUGACAACGCAAACAUUAUCUUUGACGAAAUGAUUGGGAAGCAACAAGUUUUCAAGAUGGACGAGAAAACGCCCAUGCCGGCCGUCUAUAUCGGAGGUGUUCUCCAGACAAAUAACACCGCAGCUGCCUUGUUGAGCGCCGUCUGUCAGGUGACUCCUGCAGAGCUUCGACCUGCCGAUGUUUGCGACGAUAUUGUGGAUGCCGUGGGGGCUGAUGAAGAUCCCGAGGCUGGAGCCAAGGCCGAAGAAGAACUGGUGGAGGAAAUUGCCACUGAAUUGGGAGAAACACCAGAAGAUGUCAAGGGAGAAAAUGCCUCGGAAUUAGAAGACAAGUUGGAAGAAGAAGAAAUCAAAGAAGGCCAAGGUGACGCUGAGGACAUGGAAAAGCUCGCGGAAAAUCUUGGUACUCAGGAUGAAACGGAACUGGAAAGCGGCGGAGACCUAUCCAAGGUUGAUGAGGAAACCAUUGAAGUCGAAGAAAAGGCAUUGGAAAAGGAAGAGGCAAAAGAUGCCAACAUCGAAGUCGAGGAACCCAAGUCGGUUCAGCCGAUUGUCGAAGUUUGGACCACUCCUCUGUUGGAUUGGGAUAUGGCUUCACUCACUGAGGAUGGUCCCAAUGUGAAACUAUUCGAAAUGUUAAAAAGUGUCGUGACGAGUUUUGGCAGCGACAUUGACUUCCGUCCACAACCCUAUCUCUUCAGUCAGGCCGAAAUCUGUACCGUUGACGAAAAGGGCAACCAACUGAGCGAUGACGAUGCUGCCAAAUGUGCCGACGAUAACUGCGCCAACAAUCACCGAUACUGUGGAUUUGGCCCUGAUGACUGGAAGGUUACAGGAAAGAGCAUGGUCGAGGAAAGCGUGCGACGUUUGUGUAUUUGGGAAGACUACGGCCGCGGUGGUGCGGGAUCAGGUGCCACUUCCUACUUUAGCUAUCUCAAAAAAUUCCAUUCUCACAAGUGCCAACAAGCCGACGACAUGAACAUCUGUGUCACCGAAAUCUACAAGUUUGUGAAUAUUGAAGCCACCAACGUGGACGCUUGCAUGGCGGGAAGCGGGGGUUUGGACGUGGACGGCGAAAAUUCCAUUUUGGCGCCUCUCCUAAAGCUACAGAAGGCAACUUUCUUCUUUCAUCAUCUCAACCCCAUGAAUCUCCCAAUUAUUCUCGUCGACGGCCAGCCUCUCGAAGGCGGGGCUGAUGUCUCAGCCGCGGACUUGGUCAACGCAGUUUGUCCCAAAUUCACGUCGGAUCCAAAACCCGCCCUUUGCCAAGAAGGGGCUCUAGCAGCCCUUAUUCCAGGAUCGGAAGAAGAAGCAGCUACCGAAGAGCCUCCCACGGAGUCUGAAACUCCUGCUGAUGAUGAGGAGACCAAAGCCACCAAAUCACCAGCUCCUUCAGCAGCUCCUUCAUAUUCCCCUUCAAGUGCCCCGUCGGCAGCACCAUCGACACCUGUUUCAGAAGGAAGCGAGGCGACGGAGGAGCCUCCAGUUGAAUCAGAAGCGACAGAAACGCCACCAACCGAGGAGACAGAAACUGAGACGACAGAAAUGCCACCAACUGAGGAGACAGAAACCGAGGCGACAGAAACGCCACCAACUGAGGCGACAGAAAGUGAGGCGACAGAAACGCCACCAACUGAGGGGGCACCAGAUGUUCUCACCCCGGGAACACCACAAAUGCCGUGGGGUAUGUCGUCGGCAAUCACUACAGAGCCGCCCCCACUUGAUAAGGCAGGGGAGGAAACUUUUAAUACCCCCGUCACUCUCGACAAGUCCAAACGCGGAGACGAUUCAAACUUUGACAUCAAGGCAUUCGAUUCAACGUUGAGCAAUUUGGGUAUGCUUAAUACGUGCGGGGUCGAUACAAACGCUGUCUACAACAAAGUGAUGUCAUUGGCUGCAGGGAAUAUGAAACAGGAACUGGAAAAAAUUAAAAUCGAUCUUCCCAUGCUCAUGAGCCAAACCUGUGAGAAGGAUAUGGGUGUGGACGUUUUGCAUGCAAUGGAUCAAUUCCAUGGCUGUGCCAAGUUCAAUCUGCAGUCAUUGAUCGAAAACCUCCCAAGCGCUGCAUUUGGCGUGGCUAUGCGAUGCGCCAAUGCGUACUCCAAAAUUACCCCAGAAGAGGAAGCCAAAGGAUUCAUUCCCGAGGACUGCAUCCGUGCCAUCGAAAAUGACAGUAGUUUGGGUCGCGCGACCUUCGCCUUGUAUCUUUAUCCCGACCAUGCGUGUCCCUGUUUUGAAACGUUGGGCGAGAAUAUUCCAGAAUGUACCGCGGAUGUGUGGCCCAUUCCUAUCAACGGGGCAUUGGUCAAGGUUCAGACUUGCUUGGUUGGACAGUACUGCCAAUCCAUUGACGCGCUGUGCGAAAAGCAUCUGGAUACCCUGAAUAAAUGUCUCCCGGCGCACGACACCUCAAAUUCCAAAAUUACUUGCGGAGAAUGCCAGGCUGCUUUCUACGACAAUGUACCAAAGAUUUUGAGUGCAGCUCCUCUGCCAGAUGCUUGCGUGCGAAUGGCGGAGGGUUCCAAAUUUUUCGGAUCACAUGUCAUGGAACGUUUCGAUACCUACCGCAAGAAAUGUGGCACUAAUCUGGAACUGUGGGAGGGACAUACGCCAAUGGCCGAACUCAAGAACUUUGUGAUGCAAGGCGUGAAGGAAAUCGAUUACAAAUCGAACCAAUUUAUCGAGGGAGCCGUUGUUGGAUUUGCGGCCGGAAUUGUGUUCACCAUUGCUUUCAUUAUUGUCCGGUGGAUCCUCAUUUGCGUGUGCAGUUGUCUGUCGCGCUGGUUUUGCUGCUGUUGCAAAGGAAAGAAAAAGUCGCAGCGUCCAAGGGCCAAGGACUAUGCCACCGUGGAAACGGAGACGGACGAGAUCCCAGAACCCGAAUACAGGGAUUAA